CAGCGGGGCCCGGCGCCGACAUGCUGCUGGAGCGGGUGCGGGCCGGCUCCGACAAGGCCGCCGAGCUGUGCCCCUGCAGCCGGGCGCCAGAGAUCCCGCUGUGCGCCGGCUGCAACCAGCACAUCGUGGACCGCUUCAUCCUGAAGGUGCUGGACCGCCACUGGCACAGCAAGUGCCUGAAAUGCAGCGACUGCCAGGCGCCGCUGGCCGAGAAGUGCUUCAGCCGGGGCGACGGCGUGUACUGCAAGGAGGACUUCUUCAAGAGGUUCGGGACGAAAUGCGCCGCCUGCCAGCAGGGCAUCCCCCCGACCCAGGUGGUGCGGCGGGCGCAGGACUUCGUGUACCACCUGCACUGCUUCUCCUGCAUCGUGUGCAAGCGGCAGCUGGCCACGGGCGACGAGUUCUACCUCAUGGAGGACAGCCGCCUGGUCUGCAAAGCCGACUACGAGACGGCCAAGCAGAGGGAAGCAGAAUCGACAGCAAAGAGGCCCCGCACCACCAUUACGGCCAAACAGCUGGAAACCCUGAAAAAUGCAUACAACAAUUCCCCCAAGCCAGCAAGGCACGUGAGAGAGCAGCUGUCCUCAGAGACUGGCCUGGACAUGAGAGUCGUGCAGGUGUGGUUCCAGAACAGACGGGCCAAGGAAAAAAGGCUAAAGAAAGAUGCGGGGAGGCAGCGGUGGGGGCAGUACUUCAGGAAUAUGAAACGGUCCCGAGGGAGCUCCAAGUCUGACAAGGACAGCAUUCAGGAGGAAGGGCCGGACAGCGAUGCCGAGGUGUCCUUUACAGACGAACCCACUAUGUCAGAAAUGAGUCACUCCAAUGGGAUUUACAGCAACCUAAACGAAGCGUCUCCUGCUUUGGGGAGACAAGCUGGGACCAACGGCAGCUUCUCCUUGGAACACGCUGGCAUCCCAGCUCAGGACCAGUACCACGACCUCCGAUCCAACAGCCCCUAUGGGAUACCCCAGUCGCCUGCUUCUUUGCAGGCCUUACCCGGUCACCAGCCAUUACUCUCAAGCUUGGUUUAUCCAGACAACGGUUUGGGCAUCAUGGCUCAAGGAGGACAAGGUGUUCCCCAGCCAAUGAGAGUCUUAGGUGGGAAUGGACCCAGUUCAGAUCUCUCCACGGGAAGCAGUGGAGGGUACCCAGAUUUCCCAGCAAGUCCUGCCUCUUGGCUAGAUGAAGUCGAUCAUGCCCAAUUUUGAUACAGGACCCAAGACGAGGGGGGCGGGGCGGGGAGGGAAAGGACUUUGGGCUACUGAGCCUCAUCUGCUACUGGGGAAAAAAUAACUUCCGAGAGGUGAAGAAAAGAUAGUUACUUGGAGAAAGAAAGGCAGAUGUGCUCUCCGAAGGCGGCCCAGCAGUGGGUGAGCGAGAGACAAUAGACUGAGGGAUCACAUCAGAAGGACUGGCUUCAAAUCCAUCCCAGCAAAACUGACCGUUGCAUCUACCGAACGGCGAGACUCGUGCUUUACAGAGCUGAUGAAGUGCGCUGCUUUCUGCUGUCAGCGCGUUCUCCGGAGCAAGGACUCACUUCAUCACUUACCCGCGCCCACGGCUUUUGUUUAAAAAAAAUAAUGAUUUCAACCAUUGUCAAAGAAGCGACAAUAUCUAUAUUUCUAGAGGAGAAAAAAGUUAAGGAUGACUCACUUCAGAAAUUCAUGGUAGAAAACCAUGUACCUAUUUCUCUGUUCUUCAACAGGUAAAAAAAAAAAAAAAAAAAAAAAGCAGCACCACAAUAUGUUUUUUGGUUGUUCUUUUGAAUUUACAUGAUCUUUUCUAAAUUUAAAUGGUCCUGAAUAUGCCAAUCAUUUAUUAACAGUCUCCUUUCCUUUGUAUGACAAGGAGCAUCAGUUAAUUCUGCUUUUCACCUCUUUGAUUUGUAGAUUGCUAGCUUUAUUCUUUCUCUAUUAAUGUUAAACUGUGAAUAGAUGUAUUUAUGACCAAAUGAUUACUCUUUCCCACUGGAGUCCAGAGUUUCUUUCCUGGACUCCAGAGCGCCGGUUGCUCUGAGUUGUGAAACUUCUGCUUUUCUUUACUGAUUCAUCUAUGACGACUUUUUGCAAAGCUUUUCAAAGUUGCACCUACUGUCUUGUUGCCAAAUCCCUUCUCAGACUGACUGAUCCGUCAGCGUUUUGGUUAGGCUUGUUUGAGUUACAGCUGUUCUUCAUACGUUGUUGGGAGCACACAUUUGCGUUUGCCAUCACCAUCACAUUUCUCCAUCCCGGGCAUUUGUGUCUUGCACAGCAGGUAUCGUGAAAGCUGAUUGUGAAGAAAGGCAAAACAAUAUGUAUAUUGUUACCUGAAUAUUGAAUUAACUGUAGAUUAUGUGUAUGUCCAGUGUCCUUUAUUUAUAUCUUCUCUUUCUCUCUGAUGAUCAAAUUCUUCAAGACUUCAAAUAAAUUUGUCAGCUAACGUUUAAAUAA